AUCCUCAAGUCUACAAACCAUAGUGAAAACAGAAAUUGAAUAUUAUAUAUUAUAAAAAUAAUUCCAUCUCAUAUUAUGAAAAGUAUGAUGAGUAUCACUCAAGGAGAAGAUGCUCAAGGCCAAGAACUAGCUUUGGCACUUAAAGAUGGUAUCAAUAACAUUAUGGACAAGGAUGAAUUCAACAUUGAAGUGGGGGAUGGAUAUUUACCUAAUGGUGUCUCUAUAUCACCAACAAGGAAGAAAAGAAAUAAAGAAAGCAAGGUUAACGAUCAAGAACAUUCAAAAAGAAUGAAAAAUCAUACUUUUCUUAGUUGUUUUUCUUGUCCUCGGUCUUGUAUUCGAAAUACCGAGGACAAAAACAACAAUCUUGAAGCAGAACCUCUUUUGAUCAAAACAUUGCCGAUUCUAGAAGAAAUGCAGGUUGAAUCUUCAUCAAGUGUAAUAGAAGUUCAAUAUCUCGAUGAUGGCGGUUUGGAAGAGAUGUUGAAAACUUAUGCUGAUAAUGAUAAUUUCAUAUUAUUUGAGGACAAAAAAGAGAACGAAAACUUGGACGAUAUGUCAGAUUUCUUUUCUGAUUUUGAUGAUUUGUUAGCCAAAUUCUUUAUUAUAUAGUAUACAAAUAAUGAAUAGGUUUGAAAUUACAAUUUUCAUGGAAGGUCUUGAUUUUGGAGUUCUUAUUUUUUUAUGAAUGUGAAUUCAUUGAGCUUUGAUGUUA